GCCAACAUUAGCGACCAUUGAGCGAAAGUGCUGUCAUCCACGCCAAAGCAGAAUCUUCCUAUUUAGGCAACUGGACUCACCACCGUCAUUUCGCCUUAAGUCAUCAGGGAUGAAUUAACAUAUUCACAGUGAAUUUCAGAGCCAAGAAACAGCUUCUGAAAGGUUUCAGCGGCAAAUUCUGUUUCGUAGGUAAAGAAGUACUGGUCUUCUCGGUCUUUUCGGUCAUCUCGCUGCCGCCUACGGACAUCCUCACCACCACUACCUGGAGCUCGCACAUUUCGGCCAACGAAGAGUCCCGGAAAUAGAUAUACGAUGUAAGUCCGAGAGCAAAGGAGCGGUAUUUCGAGCAAAGAUAGAGUAUAAAGAUCGAAGCUUGCCGUAGCGGAUGUGCACCAAAUCAGCAAUUGCAACGCCUCUUCUUUCCAACAGAGACCCUAGUGUACAGCUUUAAGCCCGCAAUCAUGGAAGCAGCAACAGAGCAAAUCCGCGAGAUAUACGCUAAGAGCGAUGCCCGCGGACGACAGCAAAUUCAGGAAAAGAUCCGCGACCUGCAAACGGAUCUCUACAGCGACUGGGAGACGAUGUUCAGCCUAGCUAUGGCACCUCUUCAAUGGGCUCUUGUCGACGCCGGUAUCGACCUCAACAUCUUUACCUCGCUCUCCUCAUCGGCAACAGCAGUAACACACAAUGAGUUUCAGCAGAAGACUGGCGCUGCGCCAAAUCUACUCGCACAUUUGCUCCGGUCUAUGGCAUCGUUCGGACUCAUCGCAGAAGUUCAGAAGGACACCUUUACAGCGAACCGUGUGACGCGCAUCUUUGCCAAUCCUCAUGUCAACGGCGCCGCGCCACAUCUUUCAAAACUUCAUCUACCGGUUAUGCAAGCGCUGCCUGGCUAUUUGAAGGAGCACAAGUACCAAGAUAUGACCGAUUCGAAAGACUUGCCUUUCCAGAAGGCCAUGAAGACGAAUCUCACAGCGUUCGAGUGGAUGAAGCAGGACGGCGAGCAGAUGAAAGCACUCGGUCACAUCAUGGUGCUUGACUCCGUCGAUAGCUGGGUCUCUUCAUACCCUGCACAAGACAUUGUCGGCGACUUUAAGCCUGGAGAAGAAUCCGCACUCCUGGUUGACAUCGGCGGAGGCUUUGGCCAACACUCCGUCGCGUUUAAGAAAAAGUUUCCCGAACUACCCGGUCGUAUCGUUGUCCAAGACGUCCCUUCAACACUCAUGCAUGCGCCUAGCGUGGACGGUAUUGAAUUUCAAGCCCAUGACUUCUUCACUGCGCAACCUAUCCGCGAAGCAAAGUUUUACUACCUCAGGCACAUUUUGCAUGACUGGACAGAUGAAGACUGCGUUCGCAUCCUCUCGAACAUCGUUCCUGCUAUGGGUUCCGAAUCGCGCAUCCUGAUCGAUGAGGUGGUGCUACCAGAGACCAAGGUGCCUUGGCAAGUCGCGAUGAUGGAUAUUGCAAUGAUGGCGUCGCUAGGCGGUAUUGAGCGGAGCAGGGAGGACUGGACGAAGUUGUUGGAGAGCGCGGGACUGAAGAUCGCAGAUGUGCAUCGCUAUGACGAUGUGAGAUACCAUACUGUCAUUACGGCUGUGCCGAAAUGAGGUGCAGGCUUGUAGGUAGCGAAGCGGAAAUUUGUAGUAGUAUAGUAGAACAAUGGGAU